CAAAGACCAUACAUAUGUAUGUAUACGUACAUAGCACAAUCACAUUCCACACGACGGUGAAGAAGAAGAGCCAAACAUAAAAUGCUCCUAUUACCACUGCAUGUGGUGGCGGUUGGAUCCUUAGAAACGAAAUGAAGAUGGUGAAGGAGAUGCUUUUUGAAUGGAAACAAAGCACGUUUCAUCGAACUCCGCAGCCUACGAAUCAAUCGUUCGAGCUGGUCCUCGAGUUCGCCAACUCCAACAGGCUCAUGCCCAUCUCAUCGUCACGGGCUAUGGCCGAAUCCGCAGUCUGUUGACAAAGCUCGUUACUUUGGCUUGUGCCUCUCGUUCGAUCGCCUACACUCGUCUACUCUUCCUCUCGAUCCCGUUUCCCGACGCUUUUCUCUUCAACUCCAUCAUCAAAUCCACUUCAAAGUUCCACUUUUCGUUGGAUUGUGUUUGGUACUAUCGUCGUAUGCUCUCUGCCAAUGUCCCUCCAUGCAACUACACCUUCACGUCCGUGAUCAAGUCUUGCGCCGAUUUAGCGGCUUUGCAGAUUGGUAGAGGGAUCCACGGAGACGCGCUGGUUUCUGGGUUUGGAAUGGAUCCAUAUGUUCAAGCUGCUUUGGUCGCUUUCUAUUCCAAGUGCGGCGAAAUGAAAUUUGCACGCCAAGUGUUCGACAGAAUGCCUGAGAAGACUGUUGUUGCGUGGAAUUCGUUAAUUUCUGGGUUUGAGCAAAACGGGUUGGCGAAAGAAGCAAUUGGGGUGUUUCAUCUGAUGCGGGAUUCGGGUUUUGAACCAGAUUCAGCCACAUUCGUGAGCGUUCUCUCUGCUUGUGCACAGACGGGCACCAUUAGUUUAGGCUCUUGGGUGCAUCAGUACAUUGUCUCUAAGGGUUUUGACGUGAAUGUUGUGUUGGGUACCGCUUUGAUCAACUUGUAUUCAAGGUGCGGUGACGUCGGUAAAGCUCGGGAUAUCUUCGACGGCAUGAAGGAAAGAAAUGUUAUUGCUUGGACCGCAAUGAUCUCUGCAUAUGGAACUCAUGGAUAUGGCAAUCAAGCUGUGGAGCUAUUCCGCGAAAUGAGAAACUAUGGACCGAUGCCUAAUAACGUAACCUUUGUCGCCAUUUUGUCAGCUUGUGCUCAUGUUGGACUCGUCGAAGAAGGUCAGUCGGUCUACGAGAGCAUAAGCCGAGAUUACGGGUUUAUUCCAAGUGUGGAACAUGAUGUUUGCAUGGUAGAUAUGCUUGGACGGGCCGGAUUUCUCGAUGAAGCGUACAGAUUCAUCAUGAAACUUGACGGUAAAGGGACUGAGGCAGCUCCGGCAGUGUUGACUGCUAUGCUGGGGGCUUGCAAGAUGCACAAGAACUUUGAUCUCGGUGUACAAAUCGCCAAGCGUCUCAUAGAGCUCGAACCAGAAAAUCCCGGGCAUUACGUAAUGCUCUCGAAUAUCUACGCUCUGAGUGGCAAAACAGACGAGGUAGAGGGCGUGAGGAACGCAAUGAUUGGAAAAAGCCUGAGAAAGAAAGUCGGGCAUAGCGUGAUAGAAGUCGAAAGGGAAGCGUAUCUGUUCAUCAUGGGUGACAAGUCUCAUCCUGAGACGAGAGAAAUUUACCAGUACCUAGACACGUUGAUGAGCAGGUGCCGAGACAUAGGGUAUGUUCCGGUGGAUGAAGCGGUGAUGCAUCAAGUCGAGGAAGAGGAAAGGGAAUUCGCACUUCGUUACCAUAGCGAGAAACUUGCUGUAGCUUUCGGGUUGUUGAAAACAAGGAAUGGAGCCAUUAAAGUGGUGAAGAACCUUCGGAUCUGCGAGGAUUGUCACUCGGCUUUCAAGUACGCAUCGGUAGUAGCCGACAGGGAAAUCAUUGUUCGUGAUAAGCUUCGGUUCCACCAUUUCAAAGCUGGUUCAUGCUCUUGCCUUGACUACUGGUAAUGAAAUAUUGUUAACAUUAUGUUAUACAAGAUCUUGAUUGAAGGAAGAUAGGAUAAUAAAAGGGUUUAGAUUUCGGACA